AUGUCUCAGCAAAAGGGAAAGGCCUCGGGUGCCAGCAAGGGCAAGAAGCCUGGCAAGGCUGGCGCUGAGGGCAAGCGCGAGGAUGUCUUGCAGGCCGUGUGCCUCCUCCCCCUUGCAAACACGCCACUCAUCGAAUACACCCUCGAGUUCCUUGCCAUGAACGGCGUCCAGGAGGUCUAUAUCUACUGCGGCUCCCACUCGGAACAGAUCGAGAACUACAUCAACACAUCGCGGUGGUCGCCCAUGUCCAUCCGUACCCCGUUCACGAGCCUGCAGUUCAUCCGCGUCUCGGACGCCCGCUCCAUCGGUGAUUUCCUCCGUGACCUCGACGGACGCGGCAUCAUGGACGGCGAUUUCAUCGUCGUCCAUGGCGACGUCGUCUCCAACAUCUCCCUCGACGGCGCGCUGGCGGCGCAUAAGGCGCGCAAGGAGGCCGCCGCGACCAACAUCAUGACGGUCGUCCUGCGAUCGGGCGGCCCCGAGGAGCAUAGGACGAAGCCGAACGGCAUCAACCCGGUGUUUGUCAUCGACUCCAAGACGAAGCGUUGCUUACACUACGACGAGACAAAUCCCCUGCAGAGCGACCACUACAUGACGCUCGACCCGGCCGUCAUCGACGAGCUUUCGGCCGACUUCGAGAUCCGGGGCGACCUGAUCGACGCCGGCAUUGACAUCUGCACCCCCGAGGUGCUGGCGUUGUGGUCCGAGAGUUUCGACUACGAGCUGCCGAGGAGGAAUUUCCUGCACGGCGUUCUGAAGGACUGGGAGCUGAACGGCAAGGCCAUCUACGCCGAGGUCCUCGAGGAGGGCUACGCCGCGCGCGCGAGCAAUCUCCAGAUGUACGAGUCCAUCAGCAAAGACGUCCUCGGCCGCUGGACCUUCCCCUUUGUCCCCGACUGCAACGUCAUCCCGGGCCAAACGUACAAGAUGACGAGCGGCGCAGUCUGCGUGGAGGACGGGACCGUCAUGGCGCCGGACAGCACGAUUUCGAGAUCCAUACUCGGCCAGGGAGCCACCGUCGGCGCCGGCAGCAGAGUGUCGGGCAGUAUCGUCGGCCGGCGGUGCAAGAUUGGUAGCAACGUCCGCAUCGAGGACAGCUUCAUCUGGGACGACGCCGUGAUCGAGGACGAUGUAGUCAUCACCCGCUCCAUCCUGGCCGACUCCAGCGUCGUCGGCAAGGGCUCCAUCGUCGACGCCGGCUCGCUCCUCUCCUUUGGCGUCACCCUCGGCGAGAAGAGCAAGAUCCCUGAGGCCACCGUCCUCGCAGUCACCGCACACAACGGCAGCCCUGUUGUGCCGGACGCCGCACUCGUGGGCCCCUCGGGCAAGGGCGCGCGCUACGUCGACCCCGAGGCCGAGGACGUCGACGACGAGGACCCCUCGACCCUCCAGCGCUCCCUCAUCUACAACCUCUCCCACCUCUCGCUCUCCACCUCGACCAUCUCAACUCUCUCCUCCGACGUGGGCGACGACGACGACUCGGACGCCGGCUCGGCCGUCACCCCCUUCUCGGCCGACGCGCGCAACCGCGCCGACUCGUUCGUCUCGGACGACUCCCAGGGCAAGUCGGGCUUCCACCACGACGCGGUGCACGGCCUCCUCGACGCGCUCCGCGCCGAGUCGGGCGACUUCGACUCGGCCAAGCUCGAGUUCAUGGGUCUCCGCCUCGCCAACGACGCAUCGGACGUGGCCAUGCGCAAGGCCGUCGCCAUCGCCUUCGCCCGCCGCGCCGCCGAGCUCCUCGAGCCCGAGCACGGCGGCCUCGAGCCGCCCAAGGCCGCCGACUCGACCUUCAACUCGAGCAAGGGCGCGUCCAAGUUUGUCUCCGAGGUGGGCGUCGGCGGCGGCGAGGCGGAGCAGGUCGACUUCGUCCUCGCGCUGCAACACGCUCUUCUCGGCUGCCGCAACCUCGAGCACCACCGCGCCGGCGUCCUGCUGGCCGCCAUGCUGCAGCAGCUGUACGGCCUCGACGUCCUUGAGGAGGAGGGCAUCCUUGCCUGGUGGGAGGACGCACGCGCCGACGAGGGCGAGGGCAUGUCGGCGCUCAAAGAGAAGUGCAGGGUUCUUGUAGAGUGGCUGGAGAACGCCGAGGAGGAGGACGAUGAUGAUGAUGACGACUCGGAUGAGGACGACGAGUAG